GAAGAUAUAUGGACUCUCACUAGUGUUAAUUAAGUCGCACUGGAUAAAAGCGUCUGCUAAAUCUUUAUGUAUGUUUAUCUUGAGUAAGUAAAAGUGAUUUCAAUUUGGACUACUAGGCGCAUGCGUUCUGAAGAAGCAGCCAGGAAGAGGGACUCCAGUUUGGCAUUCUAGGUUCCUUCCUCUCUCCGGGUUCGUGGAGGAUGAGGUUCCCGACCAUCAGACGGUGUCCUGGGGAAGCAGAUGGGAAGAAGGAACUGGCGCCUCCAUUUAGGAACCCCUUUGUGCAUGACUUGAGAUUCACCCCGCUGGAAAAGGCAAAGAUAGCGUUGAUGACGGUGACUCUAUUCCCCAUCCGGUUGUUCCUGGCAGCCUUCAUGAUGCUGCUGGCCUGGCCCUUCGCCUUCAUCGCCUCUGUGGGACGCAACGAGAUGGUGGUGGAACCCCAGUCUCUAUGGAGGAAGUUUGUGGACGUGGCUCUGAGGACCACCAUGCGGGUCAUGUGGUUUGCAGGAGGCUUCCAUUGGAUGACGGUGAAGGGGCGCCAGGCGCUACCGGCCGAGGCCCCUAUCCUAACGCUGGCACCCCACUCCUCCUACUUCGAUGCGAUCCCCGUCACCAUGUCCAUGUCCUCCAUCGUCAUGAAGGCAGAGAGCAAGGACAUCCCUGUCUGGGGCACCCUGAUCAAGUACAUCAGACCAGUGUUUGUCUCCAGGUCAGACCAGGACUCCCGUAAGAAGACUGUUGAGGAGAUCAAACGCAGAGCCCAGUCUGGAGGAGAAUGGCCUCAGAUAAUGAUUUUCCCAGAGGGAACGUGUACCAACAGGUCGUGUCUCAUCACGUACAAACCAGGAGCGUUCAUCCCAGCGGUGCCAGUUCAGCCUGUUGUGAUAAAAUACCCCAAUAAAAUGGACACAAUCACCUGGACGUGGCAGGGGCCUGGAGC